AUGUCAGCCGCAAACGGCAACAGGACUCAGCUUCCCAUGUCGACCACUGACCACAUCUGGGAGAGCACCAUGAUCGAUCAGCUCGCGCGGACUCUCAGCUACUGCAUGAUUCGUUUCGAUAUGAGCGUUGUGGAAGGGGAGAUGUCGUUACGGCAAAGGAGGAGGCAGCAUCUCAUCUUUGCGGUGCGCAAGCGAGAUGGCUUGCGAGCUCCGUUGGCAACAGCUGACAUCCCCAGCGGUUCGAACUUUGUCUCGUCCCUAUCCGCAAAUCUCAACGGACAGACCUAUAUCAUCGCAUUCGUUGACGCAAUUCCUAUGAAACCGAUUCGGACAAUGCUGAUCUGCGAGCGGUAUGCGUACGCUUCUAUCCUCUUCACCGAGACCACACCAGCAUUGACGUCGUCUAUCGUAACUGAUCGAUUUUUCGAAAGCGCAAUUUGCCUUUCGAUGGAUCCCGAAAACGAUGCAUCGCUCUGCGUCGACGGUUGA